GCCUGCAACAAUAGGCUAAUGGCUUACUAGAUACUCCUGUUUUCAUUUCGAUUUUAAAUUAUUUAAAUUCAGACGCAGACGAUAAUGUUACAUGGGAUAUAUAAUUAUUAAAUCGCUUAUAUAAGUUUUCAUAGUUGCCUAGAGAUCUUUUUAUUGGUUAAUGAUUGGGAAGUUUAUCCUAGAGCAAAGUUGCUGGUGCUCAGCAAAGUCAGUGGGUGCCGAGCGCGUACUUGCUAUUAAUUCUGUAUUAUUUGUAUAUUUCACAUUUGGUAGCUAUUGCCGUUUUCUAAACAAGCACCGUUCCCUACGGUUCGUCCGGCAGAUAGCUCAGGUUUGCAGAAAACUGGGUGAUCUUUGUCGCUCUAUGGGGCCUAAUAUUUGUAAUGUUUACAAGAUUAAUGAUGAUAUCCAGUUGUUUUGUAUUUGAAUUGAAAUCGUACAAAGUGCAACAGUUCGUGAAUAAUAAGUUGUAGCACCUGCGAAUUACGGCUUAUCAGACAUUGUCAAUGCUACUGUUCAGAACGAUUUUGCAGCCCCGGGCGUUGUAUUUGCGUUAUCAGUCAAGCUGGGGUUUUUGCUUAAUAAGGAAGUGCAGGAUGUCCUCAGUCCCAUUGGCUGCAAUUUGUCAGGUGACCUGUACACCUGAUAAGGAAGCCAACUUUGCUGCUUGCAUGCGAUUGGUGGAGCAGGCAAAGGAAGGCGGAGCUAGCAUGGUCUUUCUCCCAGAGGGAUUUGAUUACAUAGGAUCUAACCAAGAAGAGACCCUGAAGCUGUCAGAGAGCCUGCAGGGGAACACCAUCUCACGCUACACCCAGCUUGCCAGAAAACUGGGUAUUUGGCUUUCUCUGGGGGGCUUUCAUGAAAGAGGGGAAGACUGGGAGACAGACAGGCGGAUCUACAAUAGUCACAUCAUCAUUAACGACACGGGCAGCAUUGUGUCGGUGUACAGAAAGGGCCACCUGUUCGAUGUGGAGCUGACAGGAAGAGGUGUUUCUCUGAAGGAGAGUUCCUUUACUAUACCUGGACACAGUCUGAUGCCCCCAGUUCAAAGCCCAGUUGGAAAGGUUGGCCUGGGUGUAUGCUAUGACCUUCGAUUUCCAGAACUCUCUCUGGCUCUCCUGCGGCACGGAGCAGAGAUUUUGACCUAUCCAUCAGCCUUUACUGUGGCAACAGGUGCUGCCCAUUGGGAGGUGCUGCUUCGUGCUCGGGCCAUUGAGACUCAGUGUUUUGUCAUGGCCGCUGCCCAGGUUGGGUGUCAUCAUGCUAAACGCAGCUCAUACGGUCAUGCCUUGGCAGUGGACCCCUGGGGAGAGGUGCUGGGUGACUGUGGAGCAACAGAACCAGGUUUGGCUCUGGUGGAGAUCGACCUGCAGAAGCUCAGAGACACCAGAAGGAAUAUGCCUCUGCAGCAGCAUCGGCGAGAUGCAGAGUUCUACUGCAGUCUGGACUGAGACAAAAAGCUCCACAUAAAAUCAGCAGACUCUGUGCAUUAUCUUGCGAAUCACAAAGCACCUCACAUAUGGUUGUGGUGUCAGACUUCCCCAGAAAUAUUUAAUCCAGUCUUGUGUUCGUAGCAUUGUAGAUUGUUAAUCGGGGAUUGAUACAGAACAAUGAAUCAAUUAUGUGGACUGUGAUUACAUCACAUUGAUUUAAUUUACUGACGUGAAGAAGCCUUUUCACUUAUGUGAGAUUCAAAAUGGACAGUUUGCUGCAUUUAGGAACAAAUGUGCUGCUUGCUUAUUAGCAAAGAAAGUGACAUUUGGUGAAAAAGACGAGAGACAAUAUUUUUGUGAAUCAUAUAAUUCAGUUCCCGCUUAAGCUGUGCACUCUCUCGCGAGGUACAUUUUUCAGUAUAUAAAUGUGCUAUUUGUUUUUCAGUUGGUUUUACACAUUUAGAAUAUUCUUGUUUUACGUUUUUUCAUUAUCAAAAAAUAAUGAAAAUACACAUGACUUUAGAUGGAUCUUCAGAUAUCUGGAACAUUCCAAAAUUCUACAGCACUUUUCUUUCUGAUUUUCUAUAUGAAGCCAAUAUAUUUAUUCGUCAGUGUUAUAACAGGAGUUACCCCCUGGUUCCCAGAAGCCCGUCAAAUUAUAACUACAGAAAAACAAAUGUUAAUUAUUUUCUCCCAGCAAAGCUAGGACCCUGGUUAGCAGUUGGAUGAUUAUACAGAAAUAAAAUUCAUAUUUCAG